GGCAAGCGACGAGAAAUUUCAGUUAUUAAUCUACACCUUCCGUUUGCUGCGUUCUCUCCAGCCGCUAGUUGAAUGUGGCCCCGGGUGCAAGUAGAGGUCUAUGGGGCUACCAUUGACCGGGACUUAGAGCCCCCUGAACUCAUAGAGGGGGAUCUGGUCGAGCUCACGAUCCCCGGACGCAGCAUUCGACACGCUGACGGCCAGUUUGCGUGGAGGUCCAUAAUCCUGUCCGAGGACAUGUGGCUUUGGACGUACAGAGAGCACCGACCGGGGCAAGGAGUGGGCGUAGUGAAAGCCUACUUGUAUUUGGGACCGGGUGCGGUCAAGGAGGUCGUGGUGGGUCUCGCGACGACAGGGACUAGUGACGCAGUUAGCAGGGCGUUACGCUACCUAGGGAACGAGGUAGCUGCCUUCCGAGCGGAGGACUCGAGUGACCCGUUGACGCUAUUUCACGGACGCCCUCCUCUUGAUAUCACGGGCGAGCUCGUAAUAGCACGGGACGGGUUUUUCCCGUACAGCGUUAGGAGCCUGCGGGAGAUAGUUCCGACGUUCGUAGUAGAGAGCGUCUUUGGAGGUAUUGGUGGAGUGGUCGAGACAUACCUGGCUUAUCAGGAUCUCAAGAUCCUGGCGAGAAGACCUGCCGACCUGGACUAUAUCUAUUAUUCGCUUGCGACUGGUGGGCCUCGUUGGGGAGACGAGAGGGUUCAGCUUAUAGAGCUGAUCCGCUCGAUAGACGACGAGUGGCCCCAGUCUCCGUGCGUUUGGGAUUGGCUGGACCGUGAGCUCCGAGCAGGCCCCGAGUACGUGACCUGCAUUGGGCGGCUCUUCUCAGACGACUGGGGGAGCUGGUGGAGUGAGGACGCCGGGCGACCUCUGAUAUACGGCCAUCAGUUGACGGAAUACUACCAGGCCAUAGGACAGGCGCCAUACCGCGUCGAGGACGAGUCUGACGACGAGGGUUGGGAGCGAGAAGACGACGAGGAGCUGUGGGAACCAGACUGGGUCGACCCAGAGAGUGAGGUCGACGAGGAUGAGAUUGAUGUUAUAGACGCCCAUUUUCCCAGGAUAGGAGUAGCGGUCCGGUGCUCUAUUCUGGAGUACCUGGCGGCAUCGAAGCCAGCUCGUGAUGAGUUACAGAUGAUCACGAGGAAGACCCGCAUACCUCUAUCGGAGGAGGGUCAGGGGGCCCCUAAGGCGGAAGCUUCUAUUGUAGGAGUAACGGGAGUGACCGCCAGAGCGGAUCGCAUGACGACAGUCCUUCUUGAUGGAAUGGAAGGUGUGCCUCCAGACAAGUUUUAUAUACUUGGUAGCGGAGCCGUGGAGACGAUUAUAAACGAUGGAGCGGUACUCGAUGCUGUGAUUGAUAACGGCAGUGAGGCUGUCAUCAUAGACGAGGACCUGGCAGUACAAGUUGGACUGGGUCUCGAUAGGUCAUACCUAUUCGAGAUAGAGAUCGCUGAUGGUAGAAAGCAACAGAUCACUGGGGUUUGUCACAAGGCAGCCAUAGAGGUCCAAGGAGUACGAGUGACCCUACCUGUCUUUGCAGUCAAGAACUGCAGCUCCGACCUGCUCUUGGGUCGAACGAGGCUGAGCCAUGUGCAUGCGGUGACGAUAGAGCGACCUGAUGGGAGCCAAACAUUGUCCAUUAAGAAGCCAGACGGGACGCGGGUGAUGAUUGAGACAGUGGAGCCUCGGGGCCCGAGGAACAGAGCAGCUCUAGCAGUGGGUGCAAGACCCGGGGAGCAGAUUAAGUCGUUGCCUAUCUCAAGCCGCGCGGUGCGAUUUCGCGAGAAUAAAUAUGGACCACUGCUCACAGAGGAAGAAGGACGGAUGGUGGAGGUCGAAGACUUGGGGAGUCGGCUGAUAGUGGACGGUAACUCGUACCCAAAGGAAAAAGAUGAGGAAUUUGGUGGUGUGGUAUCCGUGUCUUUUUUAAGGGCACGGCCCCCUAUGGGGGGCUACCCAAGUGACACAAACGAAUAGCGCAAAAAGUUAAGCCAGCGGCAGUGGGCCGCGA